AUGUUUUGUGUUUAUCUAAACAUUUAUAGUGGGUAUUUUCUGUUGCACAUAAACAUCAAAAUGAACAUUAAAAGAUAUUUCACUGUUAUUUCUUUAUUUUUAUUUGUUUUGAAUAUAAAACAAGUGUUUGGACAACACCAAUUAUUUCCUUUAUUUUUACAACCUCCAGAACCGCAAUUUCAAAGUUUACCACAAAAACAACCUAAUGGUCACACCCCCAAUGAAAAAUUAAAAAUGUGUUGUGCAACUUUAAAUGAGGCGGAUGCUGAUUGUAAAAAUAGAUUUUGCGAUUUUAGCGCUUUAAGUUCUAAUAAUGUUUUAUUCUUUUUGUCAACUUGCAAUGGAAGAGGUAAACAAAAAAACACAAAAUUAAAAUAAAUGUUUGCGUAAUGGUUUA